GCAAAAACAGUGAGGUGCUUCUCAAUCACAAAACAGCAUGGCAGCACUUUAGAUUUCUUUGCUUCUUCUUUUUUUUUUUAUUGACAUAUUACCUUGUGGUUUUACAUAGACGCAGGCAGUGGCUUUACCAUGGAGUUUAGGAAAGUUCAUUUGAAUCUAAAGACGGUACUGCUGACGAUGAUGAUGUUUAAAUGGGGGACCCUCUGUACAGCCACAGCAGACAAAUGUUUGUCUGCACCCUGCCAAAAUGGUGCUACCUGUGUGGACACCAUGGAUGAUUAUGCCUGUAUCUGUGCUAGAGAAGGGUUGCGAUACAUGGGCAAAAACUGUGAUGAACUCUAUGAUGCCUGUUCCUUUGCUCCAUGUGAAGACUGCACCAGCAUUCCUGGUACCACAGAAUACCACUGCAUCUGCCCAGAUGGUCUGACAGGUGACAACUGCACAGAGGAGGUGGAUGAGUGUCAGAGCAACCCUUGCUUUGAGCCCCGUGUUCUGUGUGUGGACCAGCUGAAUGGCUACUUUUGCAGGUGUCCUGCUGGGUAUGGUGGACAGGACUGCAGGACACAUGUGACAGACUGCAUUGAUGAACCCUGCAGGAACAAUGGGACUUGUGUACUUCUAUCCGAAGGCUUUGAAUGCCACUGUGCACCAGGAUUUGAAGGGAGGACCUGUGAGGAAGAUAUAAAUGAGUGUUCAUCAGAGCCCUGUCAGAAUGGUGCUAUUUGCAUAGACGGAGUGGGAGAGUUUCACUGCUUCUGUGUGCCUGGUUUUCAGGGCUACAACUGUGAAAUCGACAUAAAUGAGUGUGCUUCACGACCCUGCGAGAACAAUGCUACCUGCAUCAAUGAGAAGGACCACUACGAGUGCGAGUGCCUGGUGGGAUUUGCAGGAGUAAACUGUGAAUCUGAAAUAGAUGAGUGCGAGUCCAGCCCCUGUCGCAAUGGAGCCAUCUGCCACGACUUAGUCGCCAUGUACUCCUGCGAGUGUUUGCCCGGGUUCGACGGCAUCAACUGUGAGGUUGACGUUGAUGAAUGUGCCAGUGAGCCAUGUCAGAAUGGAGCAGUGUGUCAUGACAUGGUGAACAGCUAUCAGUGUGACUGCAAUGAUACAGGAUUUGAGGGCGACUACUGUGAAGUGGACAUUUCCGAAUGUGCCUCUGAUCCCUGCAAACAUGGUGCUACGUGUCUAGAAGGUGUCAAAGAAUAUAACUGCCUCUGCUGGCCAGGUUAUGAAGGACCAAACUGUGAGGUUGACAUAGAUGAAUGUGACAAGCAACCCUGUGAGAAUGACGGGGAGUGUUUUGAGCGUUCAGAUCCAUCUCACUGGGAGCUGGACUGGGAGCUCAGUUUUGCAGAUGCAGCUGGAUAUAUUUGCCAGUGUCAGCAAGGAUUUGCAGGAGAGAAUUGCUCUGUCAACAUUGAUGAAUGUGAGUCUGAACCCUGUCAGAAUGGAGCCACUUGUGAAGAUGAGAUAAAUGGCUAUACCUGUACAUGCCCUGUUGGAUUCUUGGGUGAGCUGUGUCAAGUGAACAUUGAUGAGUGUGAGAGUCAGCCUUGCCAGAAUGGUGGCUGGUGUGAAGACGGCAGGGCGUCCUACACCUGCCACUGUCCAGAGGCAGAGCCAGGUGAGCUUCCUUGGGGAGGUCAUCACUGUCAUGUCAAACUGUAUGGCUGCAUAGACCAUGAAUGUCAGAAUGGAGCCACCUGUCAUCCAUGGCUAAAGGACGGUGAACAUGGUCAUACAUGCUUGUGCCCCCAUGGCUUCUAUGAUGACCAGUGCUCCACAAGAACAACAUUCUCCUUCUCCACUCCUGGAUUCAUUCACAUCCAGGUUGUUCUCGAAGAAAGGACCCGCAGGGAAGUCGAGCAUCCUCUUCACGGAGGUUUUGGGGUACAGCUACGCUUCCGGACAACUAUUCCCAAUUUGUUACUCUUCUACAGAGGGGACAUGGACAACCAUCUCCUCCUAGAGAUUUUGAAUGGUGGUCUUCACGCAAGAGCCUUUUCUGAGGAGUCUGAACUGGAUGUAACAUUUUCUGGCUUGGUUAGUGAUGGAGACUGGCGGGAUGCUCAUGUGUUUGUGGAUCACGAAGGUCUGGUCUUGAUUCUGAAAGGUCCUGGCUGUGACAGGGAUGGAUGCAGAGUCAUAGAUGAUGGUGCGGAUGAGCCAUUUUUCCAGCCUUCUGAAGCCUUCAGUCAUAUUUAUAUAGGUGGAGCGCCAGAGGAGCUUUUAGAGUACUCUGUAAGUGGUACAGGGUUCAUUGGAUGUAUGGAAGACCUGAUGAUCGACUCUAAGCCUAUUCUACCCCAAACACUGCCAGAGGACCAAGGCCAUGAGCUGGGAUGUAGUAAAACUGAAUGGUGUAAGCCUGAUCCCUGCUAUGGGCAUGGACGCUGUGUGGACUUGUGGACCAGCUACCAGUGUGACUGCUACCGUCCAUUCUACAGUGACAGCUGCUCUGAAGAAUUCCCUUCAUGGACUUACAGCCAUGAGGACACAAUGAGUUUCAGUACCUAUGAUGUAGAGAAGAGCCACGGAAGCAGCUUCAAUGUGUCUUUCUUCCUGAGGUCCUUAAAGCCAGAUGGGUUGCUGCUCCAGCUGAGGAGGCCCACAGAUGAAGAGGGGGGAGAAGUCUACUUCUCAGUCUACCUGGGGAUGGGUAGGGUUUUUAUCAGCUCUGUGCCUAACAAUGCCCCACUGACAGCUCCAGUAUUUGUGACCACUGGCGAGAAGCAACUUCUACAGAUUGAAGUGCAACACAAACAGGUGAUUUUUGAGCAUGCAGGCCUUCGCUAUGGAAUAGGAGAGAUCCAUGAAGUGAACAUUAAUAUUGGGGAUCAGGUCUAUGUAGGAGGACUUCCAAGAGACUGGGACUCUGCUGUGUGGGGAGGACAAUUCAAAGGCUGUCUGCAGGACCUUCGUUUAGACUCAGUGCACUUGGAUGUGGAUGGCUGGGACAGCUCGACUGAAGAGGAAGUUUAUUUACCAAGGGAUACCGAAAAUGUAAAGAAUGGUUGUGUUAGUGACGAUACCUGCAAGAUGAGGCCUUGUCAAAAUGGAGGAGAAUGCACCACCACAUUCAAUGAUUUUACAUGUUCUUGUCUGGAGGACUUCACUGGGAAGAUCUGUGAAACACGUGUCUGGUGUGUUAGUGAUCCUUGUAUCAAUGGUGGUCUCUGUAUGGACCUUCCUGAUGGAUAUGAAUGUGUGUACAAUGCCACAUUUGAGAACAACCCUGUGCAGUACAGUGCCCGAGGAUCCCUGGCUGAACCUGUCUCUAACAUAUACAUAGAGCUGCGGACUCGAUCAGAGAAUGCUGUGCUCCUGAGAGCCUCCUGGGGGUCAGACCUUCUAAUGGUGGGUCUGUUGGACUCCUCAGUCCAGGUGGAAAUCCACACAGGCAACAGCGUUGAGACGUUGAUCUUCAAAGGAGUUCGUCGAGUGGCUGAUGGGAGCUGGCACCGAGUGAACAUCUCUAGGGCUGACAAGAUUCACAAAUCCUCUCCCUGGGUCAUCACUGUGGAUGGAAUCACAGACACCAGUAGUGAGCCAGAGCGCACAGGUAGCGUUCACUUUCUUAAUGAGAAGGGUGCCGUGCUGGCCAUCGCAGAGAGCUUCACAGGCUGCUUGGGUGCAGUGAGGCUUGGACGAGUCCACCUUCCUUUUGUUGAUGACUAUAAAUCUCCACAAUUCUCUCAAUUCCAUAUAGUUGGAAAACCAAAGAUUCAUUUGGGCUGUACCAGCGCCCCCGUUUGUGACUCAGAUCCUUGUCUAAAUGGAGCCACAUGCGAAGACCUCUUUGAUAAAUUUGGCUGUGUGUGUGACUCUGGUUGGGAGGGCGAACAGUGUGAGAUAGACACUGAUGACUGUGCGUCUCAGCCCUGUGUUUACGGAACCUGUAAGGACUAUUUAGCUGGUUUUGAGUGCCGUUGUCACCCCGGAUAUGCUGGCACACUGUGUGAUGAGGAUCUUGAUGAGUGUGAGCAGCAUGCUUGUGAACAUGGAGGUACCUGUGAGGAUGGACCCAACAUGUACACCUGCAUAUGCCCAAAGGACUACAGUGGCCCUCGCUGUCAGUGGGAGUAUCCUCCAAUACAAUGUGGUCAAGAUGUCCAGUGUGCAAAUGAUGGUGUCUGCAAGGAUGGACUUUGGGGAGCUAACUGUACGUGCAUGCCAGGUUUUACGGGCAGCAGGUGUGAAAUGGAGAUCAACGAGUGUGAGUCCGACCCCUGCCGGAAUGGUGGCUCCUGUUUGGAUCGAUUCAACAUGUUUGUGUGUGAAUGUCCACCUGGGUACAGCGGACCAAUCUGUGACAUCAAUAAACAAGCCCAUAAACAGGGAAUCCCCUGGCUGGUGGUAGCCAUCCCACUGCUCUGCUUCUGUGUGCUGAUACUGAUCAUAGGCAUGACCGUCAUGUUGCUCAUGGCCAAGAAGAAGCGCCAGUCAGAGGGCGCAUACAGCCCCAGUUCUCAGGAGCUGGCUGGAGCUCGGCUGGAGAUGGACAGCAUGCUCAAAGUUCCACCGGAGGAAAGACUCAUCUGACACCAGCACCGAUAAAUGAGGGUAAUUGGUGGUGAUCUGUGCACUGCGGGCAGGUGCACAGGACUCACUGUAAAUUUUAAAUCCUAUGUAUAUGUGGGCUGAUCUGAAGGAUGAGAAGCAGUUUCCUGUUGGUGGAGACCAACUACUGACCCCAUGUUGCUGCUCUAUGUCUCUUCAUUUCACAGCUAUGUGCAAACCACAUCGUUCCCUCAGAUGACUUUUGACAAUCUGAGGGAUGCCACAAGUCUAUUGCACUUCAAAAACACAUACUAAGACUUCAUCCUAUAUAAAUUCUUUCUAUCAGAAACUCAGGGUGAGAGAACAAGUAAGUAUAAUCCAUUGUAGUUUGUAAAGCCUUAACCUGUUUUUUUAUAGUGCCAGCUAUUGUGAAACGGCUUUAUGUCAAGAAUCACUGCACAAUGAAAUGUGGAAAAUUUGUUCAUUUUCCACAAUUGGACUUUUAUGUAAUAUCCAUACUGCUGCUGGAAGCUGGGUUGUAUUUAUGUAAAACCAAUAUUAUUACUUCUGUAGCCUUUGCAGGUUUGAGAUAUCUGUUAUACUGUUCAGUCCUCAUUCAGACUAUUAACAAACUGUUUACAAGACAACAAGACAAGUCAUAGUUGGCAUUUUUAAUGUGGAAUGUUUCUCUUGCUGGUAGCAGGGGGGAGUAGUAGUGAUUUGUACUGAGCAAAUUUUUUCUUCUUCUUUUUUCACAUGAACCCCCACCUCCCCUGCCAGACUGAUUCAUAUUUGGCCAAGUCCAGAGUUGAAGUAGUCUGAAUUGAUUAAAUUCUAGCCAUUUAGGUUUCUUAGCCAAUUCAGUCAAAACAAUACAUGAUCUCUUAAAUCAAACAUCAGAGCACUGUUUUGGGUCGUCCAGACGUGACGUGCCAAGUUUGGUACAAGUCAUGUUUCUAACUUUUUGUGUAUGGAAAGAGUAGCAAUUGCAGUUCACCAUUUUUUUUUUUGUUUUACAAUCACGCCCCCUAAUGGCCAGCUACAUACAUUUCAGCAUUCCUAUUUAUGCACUCAAGUUUGUACAGUUGAGCCCAGCUUGGUUCCAGUUGGACUAAAUAUUUGAGAUACACAGCAGUUUCAACUGAUGUGACCACGUACACAAAAGUUUGUUAGCCAGUCAUAGCAAAAGUGAUACAUAAUAUCUUAAAUCAAACAUAUGGACAUCGUUUGGGGUUGUCCAAACAUGGUGUGUUUGUACCAAGUUUGGUGGAGGUUGGAUGUAAUGUACAAUAGGGAGUCAAAAUCAUGUCUGAAAAACAAUAAAGGAAAAUUAAAGGGAUAUCAACAAGCGA